AUGGCUAAGGCUAAAGCUAAGCAUAAAGCUAAACGUAAGGCUAGGCCUAAAUCCAGGUCUAAAAAAGAGACUAAGCCCAUGCCCAAAGCUAGCUAAGGAGGCCAUGCAAAAAUUAAGGCUAAAUCUAGUUAAACCUAGUUAAAUCUUCAUAAUUUUGAACCUUUGAUUAAAGUUUUUUUAUUCCAGUGUACUGUAGUUUCAUUACAAUUUCGAAAUUUCCCAUCCCACGUGACCUUAUACCUUAUGUAUGUUUACCACACACCACACAUUCACAUUACAAUCGAAUGUGAAUUCGCUGUGAACGUGAAUCGAGUAAUUUUAGACCAAAUUUGUUUAAUUUCAGGGUUCAAAUUAGGCGCUUACUGUUCGAUUUACAGUAAAAAGAAGCGGUUGGGUGUUGUCACGUUGUUGGGCAGACCGAGCCCCAGGCAAAUCGGUUAAUUCGACGGCGAUUUCACUCUGACACUGCUUACAACUGCCCGCGUUCUACUGUAAGUUUUUUUGAAUUUUCGUGUAGAUUUGGAGGGGUACUGUAGGUUUUGUGCAAUGAAGGUGAAGUAUAUAGUCUUGAUAUAGUUUUUGCAUCGAAAUGAAGACUUAAGACUGUUCUAGGUCAACAUAAUGCAUAAAAAUCAAAUUUUAUUACCUAAAAUACCAAAAAAACCAAGCUUUAAUACCUGAAAACCACUAUGUCUCCUCUUUUCAGUCCAGACCCCCACGAAUCACUCAGUAUCUCCAAGCACAAACCAUGAAACUCCUAUAUUCACCAACCUUUUGGGCUUUCAAGUUCAGCACCGCCGCCGUUUUCAGCAUUUUAAUUUGGAAUUGGAAGUUUAGGUUCGCAGAAGAAACAAUCCCACCGGUUUCUACACAGCUACAGGCUCGAGUACCGGCCGAAGACAUCUUCCUGUUCUCACCAAAGUUCUCAUGUGGUGGAGGGCCUUUCAGUAACACAAUGGCAUCACUGGUCAGCUUCCCUUGUGAUGUGGAGGAAAGUGAGUUGGUUACGGUAUAAGAUAGCACUACAGUACCUUUCUCUACCCUAGCUCACUCUACCCUACCCUGCCCUACCCUACCAUGUCCUAUCCUAUACUAUCCUGCCCUACCCUACUCUACCCUACCCUAUCCUCUCAACUUUCAUUACUUUACCCCUACCCAAAUUUCUUUACUUACCCUUACCAUGCCCAAAAAUUAAAAUUUCCAAUUUUCAGUCCACGUAUGUUGCCUAAAACACGACCAGUGUUACGACGACAAGAUCGACCAGACCUCGUGUGACACUUCGUUCUGCAACUGCCUGGCUCAAUUACCAUGGCAAGGACAGUUUUGUGAAGUGGCAGCACAUAAAGGACUGUGUCUGGCAACUCACUUGUUUGGCCACAUGUUCUACGAAGGCGAUGAGGCCAAUAACACGAUGGAAACGACUCAUCUACUCACUUAG